CAAGAAGCAACUGCCUGUUAUGGUGUUACCAUUCUCCGGGUUUAACUCUGGUCUCCCUGGACAGUGUUCGCGCAACUCCACGUUGAGGUGUGGCACAGUGGAGUAGUAGGAAGAUUCUGAGUCCGAAAAACCGCAAUGCAAGCUGCAUCUUCAGGCAUUGGUUACGGUCUCAAAUAUCAGGCUAGAUGCAUAUCGGAUGUGAAAGCAGACACAGAUCACACUAGUUUCCUUGCAGGAACUCUCAGCCUCAAAGAAGAAAACGAGGUACAUCUGAUUCGGCUCUCGUCCAGUGGAACCGAACUCUUCUGCGAGGGAUUGUUUUCUCACCCCAACGAGAUCUGGGACCUCGUCUCUUGUCCGUUUGAUCAACGGAUCUUUUCGACCGUCUACUCUAACGGUGAAACGUACGGGGCAGCGAUAUGGCAGAUACCUGAGUUAUAUGGCGAAUUAAAUUCCCCUCAGCUUGAGAGAAUUACUUCCCUUGACACUGAUUCUGGGAAGAUUAAAUGUAUUCUUUGGUGGCCAUCUGGACGGCAUGAUAAACUAAUCAGCAUCAAUGAGGAAAAUAUGUACCUGUGGAAUUUAGAUGUUUCAAAGAAAACUGCACAGGUACAAUCACAAGAUUCAGCUGGUAUGCUGCACAAAUUAUCUGGAGGGGCAUGGGAUCCUCAUGAUGUGAGUUCUGUUGCUGCAACUUGUGAAUCAUAUCUCCAAUUUUGGGAUGUCAGAACAAUGAAGAAGACUAUUUCAGUGGAAUGUUCUCAUGUAUGCAGUGUUGAUUACCAUCCUCAGAAGCAGCACAUACUUGUUACUGCAGAACAUGAGUCUGGGAUACAUAUUUGGGAUCUAAGAAAACCCAAAGUUCCCAUCCAAGAGCUUCCAGGACAUACUCAUUGGACGUGGACUGUCAAGUGUAAUCCAGAGUAUGAUGGAAUGAUCUUGAGUAGUGGUACGGAUUCAACUGUCAACUUGUGGCUUGCCUCAACGAAUCAUGACGAGCUAACAACUGAAAGACUAGUAGACUCAUCUGCUCGAUGGGUUGAUCCAUUGCUUAAUUCAUACAGUGAUUAUGAAGAUAGCAUUUAUGGGCUCACAUGGAGUUCCCGUGAACCAUGGAUCUUUGCAUCAUUAUCCUAUGAUGGCAGGGUUGUUGUAGAAUCAGUUAAGCCUUUCAUACCCAAAAGAUGAAGUUCAGCACCAGUUACCAUGAUGCCAUCAUUUGUUAUCUUGUGUAUGUUAGUGAUGCCCCGUUUCUCGGGUCUUUAGAUAAACAGUUGAAUCAAAUGUCUUUAAAUAUAAGCAGAUGACUAAAAUGCCCGAUGAUCAUGCUCUCGGUGACGAGGCUGAAGAGGUUAACGUUACAUGCGCAUUUCAUCUUUCUGGCAAGAAAGCAUUGAUAGAUUCUAAUCAACAUUUCUUUUUGUUUAAUUUUUUUAUAUUUGGACAUUGAAAUGUUUUAGGCUGGACUGUGUUUCUAGCUAAUUCUUUUAUUACACAUCCAUGUCAUGUAAUUCGUGGAGUCCUUGUGUAAUCUAUGGAAUUAUAAGUUUGUACAAGUUCGAACAAUUCUUUCUUUGAGGAAAGGUAAUAACCCCUUCCCUUGUUUUAUAAACGGCCUGUACUUGAGAAACAGAGAAGUGCUAGAUGAAAGAAGUUUCAA